AUGACCACGACUUCAACUACUAGUGUAAAUGGUAAAUCCACCCCAACUUUAAAGGCCACUUUAUCUACUUCAAACUCAAGUUCGAACAGCGCAACACCUGCUGCUCUUCCUCAAAAACCGAAAUUAACAGGCUGGGCACAGGCCGCUGCCAAAGCCCUGCCAAAACAGCAGCAGCAGCAGCAGCCAAAGAAAGAUGAUUCCGGUGCAGCAGCACGACCUGCUAAUGGGAAAAGCAAGGUCAUUGUGUCUGCCGCGCCGUCUACGCAUACAAAGGGCAGUUCUACCACUAACGGAUCAUCCACAAACAAGAAACUUAAGAGAGCAAAUAGACAGCCUUACAACAGAGAUGAAGUUAGGUCGUACAUGCAUAAAUUAUUUCAAAGCUAUACUACUGGUGAAAUGAGUCACUCAACCAAAACUUAUAAACAAGUACUAUCAGAAACUGCAAGCGGAAGAGUUUCUACGGCGACCGAUUGGGGCACGGUAUCAAGCAGUAAAAAUAGAAAUAAAAAGUACGGCUGCUUGACCGACAUUGCUAAAGUUUUAAGAAGCCAAUAA